AAUCUACUAAAAAACACCGCUUAUUAAAACUGUUCAGCAGAAAUUUAAGGCUUGAAAUGCUAUAUAUUCAUUUGUUUGGUGUCUUUUAAAGGUAACUUGUCAAUUUAUUUAUCUUAUCAAUUUGAUAGUUAGAUAAGAAAAAGUUUUUAUUACUUGAAUAGAUGUAAAUAGAUACUUAAGUUAGAUAGCGAAAAACAAUAUGAGAUGGAGUGUUUUCUUUAACAUUGUAUAUGGUAACAAUAAAAAGAUUCAGUUUGAAUAUUGUUAAUAGGAAAUUUUAAUACGAAUAAUAGACGUUUAGAUAAAGAAAUUAAAAGUGAAUAAGUUAAAUAGUUAUGUUAGCGUGAUAGGGAAAGAGGGAGACGAUUUUAAUUGAAACUAUAUUUAUAAUUGAUGGACUUUUACUUUUUUUUAUGCUGUACCGUAUGGUUACUGACGUUCUCUUCCAUCCUUAUUUAAAAUUCAUUGACUUAAUAUUGAUCUAUAUUCAAUUUUUCUGUAAAAUUUAAUAAUUUUUUGUUUUGUUUGCUAAGGUCGAUAGCUUACGCAGGUGUAGGCCUAACUAAGAAGAAUUCCAAAUACCAUUCAAAACUAUUUAUGGAUCAGUGUUCUAAGCGCAGGCGUUUCUUUUCAUGCUAUUUCUCGGUAAUCUUUCAGCUAAGAGCAAUAUUUAUAGUGUUAUUCGUAUUGAAAGGUUUAUUGUAAAUAGUUGAAAUAUAGUUAGUUUGUUUAAAAAGGUACUCCCUAUCUUACUCUAAUUACUUUUCAUCGUUUUCAAUCGAUGAAACAGCACUCAGGAAAAAAAAGCCAAUACGGAAUUAAAUUAACUCUCUUGUCUCAGUAUGAACUUUUCUUUAUCCUAUAGUACUUACCUUCAAUUUGAUUGAACCUGCAUUCCAGACAUUACUUGCUUUAGUAUUUCUAUAGAUAAAUGUAUUAACUAUUACUCUUUAUAUUUUAGUAAAUUACCUCCCAAAAUGGGUUGCGGUGUUUCUUCUGAACCGGAACAGACUGUUAGGGGGCAAGCACCCCAGUCGUCUAAUUCUCAACGCCCAAGAGUACUUCCACCCAACAAGUCGGAAUUUGUCAAAGAUGGCAGAGCGACAAUUAAGCAGCAUAGAGAAUCCGAGAAUCGAAAUAGUAGAAAAAUGAGAGCUGCUGUACUGGGAAGACGAUCUGCUUGUACCGUUCUUAUAGAUAAAAAUGGAUUUUCUGUUCAACAAUUGCGGAUUUGUGAAGGACAAGUUGUAACUUUUAAAUGGGAUGAAACUUCUAGUGAUGGUCAAGGAUAUAAUGUUACCCAGGUCGUACAUGAUGGAGAGAAAUUCAAACCAGUAAUAGGGGGAUUUCAUAGUGGUCAGAUUUCAAGAAAAGGAUUUUACGAAGAGCAAUUUAACCUAUCCGGCUUCUACAAAUUUGUCAGUCUCGGAAUUAAGUGUACACCACUUACUAUAGAAGUAUAUGAACGAACAAAUAUAGAAGCUGAACUUGGAGAUGAAGGCUUUUUCCCUAAAAUUCUUCGUAUUGACGAAGGCAAUACCAUUGAAUGGAGAUGGAAAAACUGUCUAAUACCACAUUCUAUAACUGAAGUAAAAUACUUUCAUAGAUGGGGCAAAUUUAUAGCCAAAGACGAUAUUAGUGGACCUAGUUCAAGAAGUGGAUCUUGCAAAAGGAGUUUCGACAACCCCGGUCUAUUCUACUUCCAAAGUGAAGGUUUAUCACCUGGGGAAAAAAUCUUUUGUGGUGUUCAUAGUCAAUUUAACAGAGAACAUCAAAUAGAAAUAUUGGAUAAUGAAUUUCAACCCCAAAUCUUAUUAAUUGAUGAAGGAGAUAGAGUAUGGUGGGGUUGGGAUAAAAACAGGACAAAAAAGCUACAUUGCGUUUACGAAAUAGAGAGACCCUCUGCAAAUUCUCGCAGUGAUGACUCCUACAAGCAAAAAAAGAAUGGUUUUCAAUGGCCAAAACCAUCAAAAUGUGGCCUUUUAUCUCAUGAAUUUCACGAAGCUGGAGUUUAUUAUUUCUCCGAUUAUAAUGCUACUCAAGCUGCAGAAUAUGUGGGGACAAUUGUUGUUAAACCGAAAGAAAAAGAACAUUUUAUUGAAUUAUCGCGAAAUGAUCAAUUUUCACCUGGUCUUCAGAAAGUUAAAACUGGCGAUAGGGUGUGGUUUACAUGGAAACCGAAUGAAAUGGAAAGCGGGUUUCUUCUACGAGAAUGGGAAAAAUGCAAUACGAUUGAGGCCACUAGACCUGGAAUUGAAAAUGAUAAUAGUGAUAUAAAUGAACAUGCUUAUAUGGAUCAAGAAUGUGAAAAACUUAAAGCUCAAAUUGGCGUAGACACUGUAAUAUUUGGUACAGUUGGAGUUUAUCACUAUAGAGUACCAGAUUGUCCAGAUAUCAUUAAUUCAUGCUCUAUCAUCUGUGAAAAUGGGCCAAGAAAUUAUACUGUACAUGUUACUGACCAAGGUUUUGAACCUAAACUUGUAACGGUCAAGGCUGGUGAUAGAAUUUGGUGGAUUUGGCAAGAAUCUAGUCGUAAAGCUUUGCCUCAUAACAUAGCUCAAGUUACUCAUAGCGGAAAUGUAAUUAAAACUGGUUUCUCGAGUGGAGCCUUAUUGGACACCCCCUCUGGCUUUGUUCAUCGAUUUGAAAAUUUGGGAUGUUACUAUUACAUAUCCGAUUCAUUGCCAAAAGCAUUUGGAGCUGUUGUUGUAUCAAAAGCUCCAAAGGUUCAUGAAGUUGAAGUCGAACCGGGAGAAAGUAUAGAAAAUGAUCCCGUUGUUGCCAACGUUCAUGAUGUUGUUGCAUGGACUUAUCGAGGACUUCAACAUUACGAUGUUAGUCAAAUUACAUCAAUUGAACAUCUCCUUGAUCCACAGAUAGAAAAUACGGAACAAGGUCCCCGUUAUUGUAUGAACAGAAUGUUCUCAAAAAAAGGAAUGUAUCACUUUACUAGUAGAGGAUUUUACAAUUAUAAUCGCGGCGCUCGUAAUAGUUUGGAAGACCAAAGAGUGAGCACUGUUCUCGUCGACCAUAUUAAUGAACAUGCACAAAUUCGUGUGAAUAGUAAAGGAUUUUGGCCACCAAAAAUUUGCAUUCAGAAGGGACAAUCCAUACUAUGGAGUUGGGUUGGAUCAGAAGAAGCUCAUAACAUUAUUCAUGUAAACAACAGCGAUAACUCCAACCCUCUAAGUCGUGUACAAGGUUCAAAGGCUUUUAAUUCCGGAAAACAAACGCCUAAUAGUUCUUUCCUUCAUACUUUUGAUGAAUGCGGAGUUUUCAGUGUGAUAUCGCAGGGAGCUCCUGGCUUUCCAUGUGAAGUCCAUGUUUUGGAAGCACCAGCAUCGAAGACGAGUAAACCAUACAUUCAAGGUGGAGAAAUGAACGGUGGAACAGUAGAAAAGAAUCAUGUUGUGUGGUUGAAAUGUGACACAGCAGGUGCUAAAAUUUACUAUACUGUAGAUGGAACUGCUCCAGAACUCCAUAAAUUAAACGUCAAGAAGUAUGAUGCCAAAAAGGGUAUUACAUUGAAGAACUCUGGAUUACAUUAUAUCAGGGCUUUGGCUGUAUCUGACAACAGAAUAAACAGUACUAUCCUAACAUCUAAACGUUUUUGGGUAACAUCUGAUGGUGAAGAUCGCUCUGAAUCGAAUUCUGAAGUUGAGGAAGAUAUGGAUGCUUUACAAAAGAAUACAGAAAAUUGGAAAAAUUGUGUGCCUAAUAUUAAGAGUCAUUUUGUUGGGCCUGGUGUUAUUGAAAUUUUCUGGGAAAAUCCACCUUUGGAAGCUUUAGCAGAAUUGAAAGGUUAUAAAGUUCUUUUGAACGACAUCUCAUAUGGAAAGGAGAUUGCUCCAAAUUGUUGUAGUGCAGUGGCUGCUGAUCUUGCUGCUGACAGAAGUUAUGAAGUUGUUCUGGAAGCCAUACCUAAAUCUCGUCAUUUUUUAUCUCAUAAAUCAAACAAGUUGAUUCUUAAAUGUCCAAAAGUUGUGGAAACUGGCGGACCAUUGAUCUCUCUUGAAGUGGCUGAAAAGAAAGAUUCUAUAGCAGUUGUGUGGAAGUCAAUAUCCACGGAGGACAGUCCAAUUGAAUAUUAUUCGCUAUAUUUGAAUGGGCAAAAAUGCGGAGACGAUAUUCGUCCUGGUGAUCAAAUGGAUCGAUGUCGAAUAGUUAUUGAUGGAUGUCAAGAAAAUAACAUGUACAGAGUAAUAUUAGUUGCCGUUGGUAAAGAUGGAAGACAACAUCAUUCGAAUGAAUUAGAUGUCACCUUACCUCUGGUCAUUAAUGACAUAAAACUUCCUCCUCAUGAUGCCAGAAACUACGAUGAUGAUUUGUAUAAGGAAUAUGUAGAAGUUCAAGAGGGAAAAGCAACAAUUACUAAACGGGAAAUACGUUAUACAUCAGAAAAUGAAUCAAAUGAUGAAGAAGAUGAUACCAAUUUGGAGAAUAAAAAUGAUAGUCAAAAUAAUCGUAGUAACGAUACGGAAAAUGAUGAAGAAGACAAUUACAAUCAUUAUCCAAGCGAUGCUAGAAGCAAAAAUAAAAAAGGAAAAAAUUCCGGUUCAUCAACAAUGGAAGAUACAAGGGGUUUUCAAGAACCGGAAUUAGCAGAAGAACUUGUCGAACAGAUUGAAGAACAGUUAAGAGGCCUUAAAGCUGAAAUUAGGCGACAGAGUUUGGUUGAAAAGAGUGAAGAUGAUGCAGAGUAUUCUGUUCAGCAGAAAUCAAUAAGAGGUCUUAAAGUAGAAACAAGAAGGCAGAGUUUGAUUGAAAAGAGCGAUGAUGAUACAGAAUUCUCGGUUCCAUCAAAAUCAAUAGAGAAGCAGAAAGAGAGAAACUUUAAAAAGCCUCCACUACCUUUUAAGACUAGACCUUAUUCACCUAAAAUGAAUGAGGAAGAGGACGAAGAUAAUGAUGAUGAUGAUGAUGAUGAGGAGGAGGAGGAGGAUGAUGACGAUGAGGCAACCGAAGAAAGGGAAGGAGGGAGGGUUUGGCAAGAGGACGGAGAGGAAACUGAAUCAGAAUCCGAAAUUCGAUCCGUUGAAGAUGAAACUAAAAUUUAUUCUGAUUAUGGUAUUAUGUCUGAAGUCCUACGAUCAUCGUCCCAUACCGAUAAGGUGUUUAAGUUAAAAGCGAAUGAUGUUAGAAAUUUUCAAAUAGCAAAUCCGGUAGACAAUAAUAAGACUGUAUAUCAAAGGCCGGUGUCUCUCGGAAGACCACCUAAUUGGAAGAGCAUAACAGAAAAAAUAAAAACCGUUUCAUUAUUUAACACUUUAAAAAAAUCCCGAGAACAAAAUAUUUUAAGCAAGAAUGUUAGGAAAUCAAAUGAUCUAGCAAAUCCUCCGAAUGAUAAUUAUAGUGAAAGGAUAUCAACAUGUUUAUUUGAUAAGGCUGUAAGCUUUAGGAAGCAGGAAAAUGAUUAUCAAAUUAUUGAUGCAACAAUGGGACCAUGGAAAAAUAAAAUGAGACCCGCAGCAAAAGUAUCAACUCUCAUAACUAGAUUAAAUAAAUUAAUACCUCACAAAAACGAAGUUGUUGUUCAAGAAGAUAAAAGUGACACAAGCGAGCAAUUUCUAGUAGAAGUAAUGUCGGAUGCCGAAAGUAGUGAUGAUUCAGUCAAACAGAGAGACGAUCGAUCGAAGAAACCGAAGAAAAAGAUGAAAAUGGCAAAGGAUACCAAAGUAGUUGUCAAGGCUGAUAAUGUCUCUAUCAAUAAACCAAAUGAUACUCCGCGAGUAAAUAAAGUGACGUCACAAGGCUUACCUCUGCAAAGUUCUAAUAAGACUUCACAGGCAUCUGUUAGUUCGGAGUUGCUGCCAAAACCAAGGAUUAGAGCGGCGAACAAGGGAGAAAACCGCGUUCUGAUAUCAUGGGAAGUAGACGAGUCAUCUGAUCCAAAAAUGCGUCUUCUCGUAUAUGUUGUUCACGUCCUGGGUCGUCGAUUUUUGAAAAAGGUCAACAGCAGUAUGAGCUAUGAAUGUAUGAUUGAAGAUAAAAAAGAAUCUUUCGUCGGUGUACACCACAUUUGGAAUAUUACUUCUGGAGAUUUAGAGUGCGAAGUUUCGGGGCUUUUCCCCGCUGAAGAAUAUCGAUUGUUUGUUACAGCCCAUUAUACAAGAUUAGAUUCUAGCCACUCAGCCGAAGCUCAAGUUCAAUCUGAAAUUUUGAGGUACACCGCAAUUGGACAGUUAACAGCACCUACUCUAAAUAUUGUUAGUACGGACGUUUAUCAGGCUUGCAUUGAAUGGGCAGAAGAUAUAAACCAGCGUCAGGAUGCGAAUAUUGUUGGAUACCAUAUUUUUAUAGAUGAAAAGCGGGUAGGAGAGCAGCUUAAAAGUAGCAUUCGUCAAUCCUUGAUUGAUAAUCUUAAACCCGGAAAAGCCGUUCGAGUCAAUAUUCGAUCAUACAGUGAAAAAUUUGGAGAGAGUGCAAAUUCCAACACAGUUGUAAUUAAGUGUCCACAGAAACCUCCAGCACCUGAAGUUGUUCAGGAGCCGGCCUUCAGUGUUGGUAAGGCUAUAGUUAGUUGGACCAGACCACAAAAUAUAAGAAUCUCAGAAAGAGGGGAGGAUAUUUUAUUCUAUAGAGUCUUUGUAGACAACGAUAUGAUUGGUGAAGUUCGUAGUAGUUCCACCAGCAAUAAAGCUGGGUAUCAGUUUUCUUGCAGUAAAUUAGCACCUGGUAAGGCAUAUGACUUAGUGGUUAGAGCAUAUGCUGGAGAAAAGAUUAACAGUGGCCAACAGGUUAACUCUGUUUAUUGUUUAGCGGAGAGUGAUGAUACGAAUAUGAUACAAGUGACUUGCUCUGCUCCACCAGAAUCACCUACUCUUCAUAUUAUGUCUAUGGAUGUAGAUGGAAUUGACGUUGGUUGGGAGAUGCCACAACAGUACGGAGACGCUGCCGUUUCAGGUUUCCAAAUGAUUAAGGAUGACCGUUUUUACGGAGAAAUUAUGCCUAGUGAUGUAUAUAGUAUGAGAAUCCAGGAGGGAAUACACUUGGGCGAUAGAAUAACUCUACAAAUUUUGGCUUUAACCGAUCAUCCAGUUGGUCGUGAGACUGAUGCCGCACCAUCUUCUCAAGAUGCAAUCUCUUCUAUCCCGGAAAAUGAUAUUGGCCUACUGGAAUUAUACAUAGGCGGUAGAUACAAAGCUUGUAAGUUGGGACCAAAAUUAACUAUCUGGUAUACUGGUUUGGUGUCACCUCCUAUCAAAGUUCAUGCUGAGAAUGUAACUGGACAUUCUGCUGUAAUAGCUUGGAAAAUUUCAACUAAAGAAAAGAAACAUUUUGUUGCCGCCGAAAAUUAUAUAGUAACCUGGUGGCCUGGAAAUGAUGCCAAAGAACACGUGCGCAGCGCAACGACGACCAAUGAUCAUUUAUUGCUUGAGGACUUAAAGCAAAACGUUAAGUAUACGGUAAUUGUUGAAGCAAGAAGAAUAGCAAAUUAUGCAGAUACUGAUAAAACUUUCAUACUAUCUGGAAAAUCUGAACCAUUAUCUGUGAUUACUGCCAAACCUCCAGCUCCAAUCAAUAAUAUGGGAAUUGUCGCAACUACUAACUCUGCUAUAAAAGUAAAAUGGGAUAGUUUGCAAGCGACUGGAGUAGAUAUUAUUUGUUUGAGAGUUGAUGCCGUCGCUUUGAGACCUAUACCUGAUCAUAAGCACUCUUGCACGGAAGUUACGCCUGAUUCAGUAGAAGCCAUUGUGGAAAAUUUAGCUGAAAAGACUGAAUAUCUUAUUUCUGUAACAGCAGUUACAGAAGAGUACUUUUCAAACCUUCCCAGUGGUGAUCCUUUGAGAGUUCACCAUGCUUUUCCUAAAGAUAGACCACCACCAGAAGAUAAUUGGCUACCCAAAACAUCCAUGACCGGUACAACUUCUGGUACUGAACCUCCUUUCGAUGUCCAUGCUGUAAACAUUACACCGACUUCUAUUGCUGUUUCUUGGAAGCCGGCAACAGUGUACGGUUCUUGUCGACUACAAGGGACGCUGCUCAGAUGGGCAAUAGCCAAAAACGUUUCUGGAGAUUCAGAGGAAGGAGAGAUGGCAAACUAUUCGAAUAUGAGCGUUGAUUCUGAAAGAGCUACAAUAGAAAAUCUCUUACCAGGCGUUCAGUACAAAAUUGUAGUAGAAGCAAUAGUAAGCGCUAAGAAUGCAGUUUCCAGCACUUCCUCUGAUCACCCUGAGGCUGAGAAGAUGGACAGAAGAACUCUUCAUGUAACCUCAAAACCAGUUGUAAUUAGAACUAAAGCGCCAUGUGAACCGCCAAGAAUAAGAAUGACAGGAUUCACACCAAGUACUAUUGAUAUUAAGUGGCAAAAGCCCGUUCUAACAAGGGAGGUUGGAAAAAAUCCGUAUGGAGUACCAGACUUUAUUAAACUUAAUUUAGAAUGCUAUCGAUUAGAGAUUAACGAUAAACCACAUAUGAGAUUAUCGCCUAAUGCUCAGGCCUGUACUCUUACUUGCUGUAAACCUGGUAAAAGGUAUAAAAUUGUUCUAGUGGCUAUAACUUGUCCAGAGGACGUUAAGAAGAUGAGAAAGAAAGAUCAAAAAAAAUUAGAGAAUGUUUCGGUAAAAGAGGAUUCAAUGAAUAGGAAAUGGACUACCUUACCUAUUGAUGCUGAAAAUGAUGAAUCUUUCUCAAAUCAAAUCAUUGAAACACUACCUGUUGAACAGUCAGGUCUCUUGCAAACAUGUAACAUUGAAUUCGUACCGCCUGUCCUAUCAGGAGAUCAGGGAGAGAUGAAACUUAAUUGGACAGUUCAAGGUAGCACCAAUCAUUUAGAGCAAUUUGAAAUUACUUGGAUUGACGGCAAAGGGCAAGGAAACAAAAAGACUGUUCCAGCAUCAUGUAGAGAGGUUCUACUACCUGUAACAGGACAAAGUAUCAUUCAAGAUGUCAAGAUAAUGCCAAUUCUGAAUAGAGGCUCUUCUGAGAAUACUGCUCAGGUUGUCCAGUGCCUCCUUCCUGGAAAACCUGAUCCUCCUGUAAUAUACUCCAAGGGUGAUGUUCGCUCUGAUCAAUUCACAAUUGAAUGGGGUGAGCCAAAAUUAUGGGGUCAUAAUAUUGUAAACUAUCUGUUGUAUCUAAAUGGUAAAAAAGUGGGCCGUGAACUGGAAGCAAGACAUAGGAAAGCAACUAUCCCUUGCUCUAUCAGUAAAUCUUACAAAGUUCAGCUUCAGGCCGUCACAGCCAAUCCCGAUAUUGGAGCCUCAGAUUUAUCAAAUGUUUUGGAAAUAAUUCCAAGUCAUGGCAAAGUCAUUCCGGGACAUGCUCCAGUUGUCGCAGAGGACGAAGACGAAGUUAAUGAAGAUUACAUUCCGCUUAUAGUCGUAAAAGUUACAGACUCAACUAUUCACCUUGAUUGGAGUCGCUAUUUAGAACCAUCCUUUUCUCAUUAUAAACUUACUUGGAGCAGCGUUGCUAAUCCUGGCGAUAAAGAUGUAGAACUCAGACCAGGUGAAAAAAGUUGUACAAUCCACAAAUGUUAUCAAGGAACAAAUCAUUUCGUCAAAUUAACUGCUGUGGAUGAAUUGGGCCAAAUAGUUGACCAAUCUAAACAGCUUACUGUUCAAACUUCCGCUCCUCCAGAUGCACCGAAUUUAAGUCUUAGGGCGAAAAAUUUUAAGUAUAUAACUAUUGAAUGGAAUAGACCGAGAUGCUACGGUGAAGGAAAAAUUAUUGAGUACAAAAUCUUUAUAAAUGGCAUCGUUGAAGAGAAAGUUGGACCAGAUCAGUUUCAUUACUCAUUCACCAGGGGAUAUUGGUGUAGUGAAUAUGCCUUCCAGGUUCAAGCUGUAACUGGAAUUGAUCGUCUUGAUAGUCGGCCAUCCGAUCCUUUAGUCGUUAUUUGGCCCGGUGUUCAACCUCCAGUUCUACAGAGAGUUCCAGCAGUUGGAAAAAGCUCAGUAAGAAUUGUUUGGAACGUUCCUAUUACAACUGAUGGAAUAGACAUCAAGCAGUACAAGCUAGUAUGUAAGGAUGAGGAAACUGGAAACAUUGCCCAAAUUGUUGCGCCAAUUCACCCAUCAACUACCGAAGCAGAAAUACAUAAUCUUAAAUCUGGAGUGUAUCAAGUUUUCUUAGAAGUUCACGUUCAUGGUACUCAGGAAGUUGUAAGAUCUGACACCCUGAGAAUAGUUCCAACUAUAUCCCCUGAUCCACCUAAUGUAUCAGUUAAUGUAGUCGGUCUUGAGGAAAGAAGACAAGUCGAAAAAGUCACAUGUGAUUUGAUCAAUAAGAGAGACAGGUUAUUGAAUAUUCUUGCUAGUGGUGCAAGUAUUGAGGAUUUUGCUGUUAAAAGAGCAAGCGAAGAAUUGGGUCAAAUUGAGCAUAUGUUAUCGGAUUGUCUUAAUUCUUUGAAACAUAACACUGGACAUGUAAUUGCUCACAUGUCCUGGACAACUCCUCAAAGUAACCCAGACGCUAUAGUCUCUGGCUUUAAAGUUCUUGUUGAUGGUAAAAAAUAUGGCAACACAUUGUCAGCAGGAGCCAAUAAUGUUCGAGUAAAGCUUGGAGUCGAGAAAGAAAAACACAAAUUAUCUAUGGUUGCCGUCUGUGACAGACCGAAAUCCUUGAGCGCUCAAUCAAACAUCAUAGAACUCUUAACUGAACCGUUUCUACCUUUUUCUUUCUUCUCGUUCCUAGAAACAAUAAACAGCCCAUACCAAGAAACUUUGGCAGUAGAAAAGCGCUUACCUAUUACAAAAGCCAUAAAUGUCGGUUUACUAAGAAGACAAGUUCAACCUCCAUCCUGUGCUGUUUUAGAUAUAUUUGAAUGCGAAUUUAGAACCCUUAUUCCUCCAAGUGGGCCUAGAUUACCAACUGCCCUAUUAUUCUGGUCUACAUCAAAUCGAUAUUCAACCAAACAACUUAGCUGGUUUGUAAAAUACGCAAGAAAGAAUUCAUCCAGAUACGAAUUUAUUGCCGUUUCGUGUAUCACGGAUGAUUUAACUGAUGAAACUCGCCAAAAUUUGGUUCAAACGAUAUCUGAUAACGGUUGGAGAGAUGAACAAUGUGUGCGUCAUGUGACCUCUGUAACGUCGAAUUCUCCUUCCCUAUCAACAACAAUUGUCCAAAAAGGAGGAACAAUAAGCCAUCAUAUUGAUCACCACGAUCCUAAUUGUAAAUUUCCUCACAAUGAAAAGCAUGAAUCUGGUGACGUCACUUCUUACUAUGGAGUCCAGGGAGUGCCUAGUAUUGUUAUUAUCCAUCCAGAUGAUUAUAUUUCAUGGAAAGGCAGAUAUUGCGCAUUUGAUUACCAUUCAUUCGAUGCUUUUAUAACAUUUAUAUUAAGGCAAAGUAUCAACGAAUCGACUGCGGAAGAUCCAUGGGAUAAGAAAAUAGAGCCUGAGCUCUUUAGCUCCGAUCUGAAUAACGACACUACACAUGUGCUUGUUCAUCGUAAAGAUAGAUCCCAUUCUCCAACAGGAACUUUCCAAACUCGUGGGAAUACUGCAACUAUUAUCCAUGCCCCAUCAAUUAAUAAUAAAAAAUCCCGUCCAAGAUCCCCAAAGCGUUUAUUCCAGAAGUCUUACAACAAAAAAAGGUCAUCGCAGAAAAUAAGUGUAGAAAAUCGACCAUUCUCAGCUCAGAGUCCUUAUACUCAAAAAUUAUUGGAUCCCUAUCAACAAAUACACACUCAGAGUAAAAAGAGUAAGAAGCCGAAAAGUAUAUAUUAA